CUUCACGGCUCAUAAAAGUAGUCUUCUCCUCUUUCUCUCUCCCCAUCUCCGUCCUUCUGACUCAGAGCUCCAAUUUUCCGCCUCUUCUUCUUCCUCUUGUUUUAAAUUACUCUCUCUCUCUCUCUCUGGCUCAUGUGUAAACCCUAGAUUGAGAAGCUCCGAGUCUGAAGCCCAGGAUCCGUUCUUCAUUUCUUUCUCAGUCUAAUUAAGCGCUGCCGAUUAAGAUUAAGAUUUGGGUUUUUUCUCGAGCUGAAAUUCAUUUGCUGGGAAGCAAUCGUUUGUUAGUUUCAAUGGUGGAGUUAAGAAGUCGCACACAUUUGCAUUCGCAAUUGCAUUCUAUAAGGGCCAUUAAAGACGGAUCGAUCAAGAUAUUGUUGAAUGUAAAAGGGAAAUCAAAGCUCAGAUUUAGACACUUGGUGGAUGUGUACAAUCUGGAAAACACCGAAGAUGAUGAGUCAAUCCCGAGAAUCCAACCAAGGGAGCUCAGUGAUUUGGCCAAUGCCUCUGACAUGACACGAGGUUCGUGUAUGUUUGGCCCUGAGGUGAAUAUCAAAACUGAUCCAGAGGAUUUUAACAUGACGCUGGAGAAGAUUCGGAAACAAUGCAGAGAAAAGAAGAGGAAACUCAGAAACCGCGGAGAUAUUGAAACCACCUCACAGGUUAAAGUUAAGCAAGAGUCCUUGACUUUUCAAACUGAAGAUGAAGGAUGUGAUCUUGAGGAGCCUCUUAGCAAUUGGGAAACGAAGUUCUCCAAGAGAAGGAAGAGAAAGCAGGAGCGUAAAACAAAGUGUGGUUCUACUUCCUCUCCAUCUGCUGAAAAAGCUGAUUUGCCUGCGCUCCAUCAUGUCAAGCCUGAGGCUUCUUGGGAUGAUAGCUAUACAGUUCAUGAAGCCAUAGCGUUCAUUCCCACUGAUCCUUUACUAGAUUCUAUCAAAGAGCCAGAAUCUACUACAUGUACAGAGUUGGUGGAAGAGAUUAUGCAUGAUUCGUCGAAGGACAGAACCUUGUCUCCAUACUGCAGUGCAGAGCCAAAUUCUCCCGGAAUGGUAGCCAUUGAAGAACCCGUAACUACAUUACCAGUGGACGAAGCUAUUAAAGAUGCAUCAGAAGAAUUCAAUUGCCUUACUGAUAGUAUUGAUCUUGAUACUCAGGCAAACAGUAGUGUGCCCAGAGAGGAGAUUGAAUUGGAGGCUCCACAAAGUUCAGAAUCUGAGACCAUUGGUUGUGUCAAGAACCUGGCUUCGUCUAAUACAAGCUCCGAGAGUGAAGAAGUUAAAGAGGACGAGGAAAGCAAUGAUGCAAAGCCUUGCUUAGACAAGACCAUAACUGGUAUAGAGAUUGUGAUGAUAGAAGCUCCAGAAGUACUCUCUAACUCAGACAUGACCAUGACUGGUGUGGAGACUGUGAAGAUAGAAGCUCCAGAAGUACUCUCUAACUCAGACACGACCAUAACUGGUUUGGAGAUUGUGAUAGAAGCUCCAGAGAUACUUUCUAACUUAGACAUGGCGAUAACUGGUCUGGAGAAUUUGAAGAUAGAAGCUCCAGAAAAGGUUGCUACUGAUUACUCAGGUUUACUCACCAUGGAAAAUACCGAGAUUGUGUUGGAAGCUGAAGACAUUGCUAAGGUUGAGCUUCCUGAAGCAACUGAUAUUCUCCAGCUGACCAGCUGUUGUAAUUCACUGGAUUCAGUUACUGAUGACAGCAAAAUUUCAUUAGAAGAAGUUCAUAGACCAGAAAGAUCCUCAGGGAACGUAGAUGAAGCAGCAGACCAAUCAUCACAACUCUUACAGUCACCUGAAGAGGUGAAAACAGCUGAAGAGACUGACAGUAACCAGCAUAAAGAGCUACACUCUCAACCUGAAAAGCUACUCUCAGGGAGAAAGGCUUUAUCUCCCAACUCGCAAGCGAAACUUCGCAAGGCAAUGGAGCACCCCGAUUCACCUGAGAAGAGAUCUAAAAGAUCCAAAGGGAAACUCUACUUCAGUAGCCAAAACUCACAUAGGAUCCUUAAGGCGCAAGGGCUGGACAGUAUCGACCGAGUGGAAGUCACUCCGAACUCAAAGCAAGCCAUUCGAAAAGCAAACAACAAUACUCGGCAAACGCAGUAUCAAAGGGCCACACACAAGUUUCCUCGUCGAGAAACUCAGACAGCGAAACCGCAGCCUUUCAGCACUGGAAGCACCUCGUUACAAGGAUGUACACAGAAAGCUAUUGCCUUCUCUCAAGGGCAAAUCCGUGAUUUCCAGUAUGUUGCAGCUAAGCUCACAAAAGAGCUCAAAACAAUGAGACAAAUUACAAAGAGAUGUCUUCUAGCUGAAAGCAGCCCCUCCAAAAUGCCUGACUGUAACUUGGAUGAGGUGAGAACUUUAAUUGGAAAUGCAGAAAAAACUGAAGAGAGUAGCAAGAAAUGGAUUUCGAUGAUCGAACGUGACUGUAAUCGGUUUUGCAAACUCAUGGGUAUGGUCAGAGAAGAUUCUCCAGCUACUGAAAACAUUCUUCACAAGAAAAAGAAGAUUAGAUUUGCAGAUGAUGCAGGAGGAGAUCUUUGCCAUGUCAAGGUUUUUGAUUUUGAUCUUGAAUCUGAAUCAUAAACAAACUCUGUAGAAUUAGUGUAACCUCUCCACAGCAUUUGUACAUUAAUGUCUUGGGAUUUCACUAGAUAUAAAGAUUAUAUAAUCCAAAAACAAGAUAAUGUUACUUAUUUCUCGCGUAACAACAAUCUUUAUUGUAGCAAGUAUAAAGUAAAAACUCC